AUGGUCGUCAGUUGGAGCGAGCUUUUGGAACAAGGCCUGCAAGUAAUGCAAAUCAUGCAUGGCCCGGAGCCAUUGCUGGAUCGGCUCGACAGGGUUGUGGAUCCAUGUCCGGCCUUGCUGCCUUCAUUUACGUUUCCGAUACCUGUGGACCACUGGCGAUUCCAUGGCCAACGCAACAGCUCGCAGCCUUGUCGGUUUGUUGUCGUAACAACGGUGACUGGGGCAUACGACAAGGUUGAUCUGUCUUUUCCGCAAACCAGUGGCCCCAGCCUUUGCUUCUUUAUUUUCUUCGACGAAGCUAGUGCGAGAGCGUCUGUGCCAGAAGCUGAGCUGGAGAACGCUUGCUUUUUGUCAAAACAGUCUGAAGUUUCACACUGCGUGCUGCCGCGGCUGGGAGAAUGGCACGUGGUCAUUCUGAGCGACAGCAUGAUCAGCAGUAUCCCGCCGCCGUUCGCGCGCACACGCCGUUCGAGGCUUAUGAAGAUGCUGUCCCAUCGAGCCUUCAGCUCGGCAGAGUUUCUCUUGUAUGUCGAUGGAAAGCUGAUCAUGAACGACGUCACGCCUGAGACCGUGGAAGCAUUCGUGCUCCGGGCGCUGCGGCCCCCAGGUGGCAGGGUGGCUUGGGCCUCGCCACUGCAUCUGGAAAGGCGGACAAUCUACGAAGAGGCCUUGCAGGUUUGCUUGUUCAACCUUACGGACGACACGUGCGUGGAUCAAAUGCUGUCCUACCACGCCAAGGGCUAUCCAUUGCAGGCACCACCUUAUUUGAUCGAAGGCACCUGGCACUAUCGGGACCUCCGGGCGCCGGAAUCUUCCUUGAUCGGAUGUGCCUGGAUGAAAGAGUUCCUUUCCUGGAAUGUAUCCAGGGACCAGCUAACGUUCAACUUUGCGGUCUGGGAAGCCAACUUGUCUUUCUACGCCGUCCAUCAGCGGCCAGGCCUAUUCCAUGGUUCAGGAGGACACAGCGGGGGCCGAGAGACGAUUGCAAAGCCUCGGCGUUGUGCUGAACUGGUCCCACUGGUGGAUCGGCGCUGUGGCGGCGUGGGGCAAAGGAGAUGCUGCUUGUCAUGCGACCACCUCUUCGGAAGGCAGCCAGCUCAACUGGACUGGCAAUGGCUAGUGUAG